UCCGGCGGGAGCGCUGACCGCCAGCCGCCUCCGAACUAUUUCCUGUUGCUGCAGCGUUAAUGCUAAACAGACCUUGCUCUCUCUUGCCUCGCUCCAGCCGAGGAGCCGCUGCCUCCUUCCCACCGCGAUGCCCUGCACGUGCCAUCCCUGGAGCCGCUGAGACCUGCCAGGCACAAGGAUGGAGAGCCGCCGGAGGGACAUGGAGCUGCUCAGCAACAGCAUGGCCGCGUACGCCCACAUCCGAGCCAACCCCGAGAGCUUCGGGCUCUACUUUGUGCUGGGCGUGUGCUUCGGGCUGGUGCUCACGCUGUGCCUGCUGGUGCUGCGCUUGUCCUGCCGGGCCUCCCCACGGCCCCCGGCGCGCCCCGGCGACCUCAGCGAGGACGACGACGACGAGGACGAGGACGAAGAGGACACCGUGGACCGCGCGGCGUCUGAGUCGCUGCUGCCGGUGACCGAGAUCCCGCUGGAGAGCCACGGCCCCGGGGACGGGGCGCUGGCCGUGAACGUGUUCGCCUCGGCCGAGGAGCUGGAGCGGGCGCAGCGGCUGGAGGAGCGGGAGCGCAUCAUCCGCGAGAUCUGGCGCAACGGGCAGCCCGACAUCCUGGGGUCCGGCACCAUCGGCACCCUGGGCCGCGUCCACUACUACUGAGCCCGGCAGCGGCCCUGGCACGGUGUCUGCUCCCCCACGGCUGAUCCCACGCCGUGCCAGGAGGGACCGGGGGGGCAGGGGGGCUGCCCCUGAGCUGGCGGAGCUGCCUUGGACCGUCCCUGCAGCACGGAGAGCCAGACCCCGGUGGCACGGGCACGCCCGGGGAUGGACUCGCCCCCGCUGCUGUGGGACACGAUGCACUUUGAGCCAUUGGUACGACGGCUGGCACCAGCCGACAGCCCCGGGACACGCGGGGACAGGGACAAGGACAGGGCAGCCCUUGCUGCGCCGGCGUUUCACCCGUGGGGCAGGGCCGGGCUGUACGUCCGUGUCACCCGUGGGCUCCCGCCCCACAAACAUGGUGCUGUUUGUACACGAACUAGAGCCCAGCGUGGCGGCUCCGGCGUUUUGGGGUCCCGGACGCAGCGACGGUCUGGACUCCCCCCCGAGCCAAUUCCCUUCCCGUCCCCACUAAAAUUAGCCGGGUCUUUUCCGGCGCCGCCCGCCGUGACCCCACGCCCUUUGGCCGGAGCAAGGCGGAUGUUCCCGCCGGACUCUGGGCCGGCCGCUGCUCCCCGGGGAUGCGGCAGCUCCCGCCGGGCCGAGCCGCAUCCUGCCCCAUCCCAGCCCGGCCCCGCGGGGAGCCCGGCCCCGCUGCCCCCCUCCCCGGCAGCUUUAUAAAAAUAGCUCCUUCCCAGGCUGGUCCCCCCCGCCGCCAGCGCCAGCAGGAUCCAGAUGUUUUCCAGAUGUUCUCCAGUGGCUGGAGGCCAGGAUGUGCUGGGGCUGGGACUGGAGCUGGCCUGGGAAACUGUGCGGGGGUGGAGGAGGAGGGGGAGGAGGAGGAGGCCCUGUCCCAAGCCUGCCAGGAGCCCUGGAGGGACCCCUUGUGCCAUGGUGGGACCCUUUGUGCCUGGCAGGACCAGCCCAGCCCUUCAGGGGCAUGGCAGCCAACAGCCCUGAGCAACCCCCACACAGCACUUUGUACACAAAAUAGUUUAUUUUAAACGAUUUCUACAAGUCACGGGGCUGUCGUGCUUCAAGGAGCAGUGCCUGGGUGUGGGGUGGGCGUUGGUAUCCGAUGGGUGCUGGGGGGCACACGGAACCAUGUGCCACCCACCUGCCCCCCCGUGCUAAUAGAGCAGCCCCUUCCACACUCGCUCGAUCUCCGCCUGUGGGGAGAGGCUGUGAUUGUCGGGGGGCACAGGGGACCCCAGACAAGGCAACCCCUGGCAGGGACUCACCUGCAGCGCCUGGCGCUGAGCCCGCUCCUGGCACAGCUCCUGCCGCAGGUCCUGCAGGUCCCGCCUGCAACACGCCAGCGUGGCUCAGCCAGGGCCAGGACAAGCAGCCAGGAGCCGCUGGGGACCCCCUGACACCCCCAUCCCCACUCACAGGUGCUGGACUCGCAUCAGGUCCACAAGGAUGUGCAGGGUGCGGACCUCAGCCUUCAGGUCCUCCAAGGCCAGUGCCCUCCCCUCCAGCCCCUCUGUGCUCCACGGCGGGACAGGCGCCUGCCCCGUGCUGGGGACAGGGGCACAGAGGGCAGCACAGGGCAGCCCCUGGGGCUGCUCCCCACCAUGGGGACCCCCCGUGCUCCCCAGGGCCAGGCUGGGUGGCCGCUGGCCUGGGACUCGUGGCCGUGUGGCUGUGGGGUGGCUCAGCCUGGCUGUGGUAACUGACACCAUGUUGAAGCCAUUGGCAUCUGCCAAGGAAAGAGCAGGAAUCAGCCCCUGGUGCUGGGCAGGGCCCACCCACCCCUGCAUGGCCCCUGCAUGGCCCCUGCAUGGCCCCUGCAUCCUACCUGGGUCACCAGCUCUGCCCCACUCCAUGUCAGCUGAGGCGCUGGGGUCACUGGGCCUGGGGACAGCAGAGGUGUGAGUGCACAGCCAGGGAGGUGCCAGCCCCACGCCAAGGCCAGCCAUGAGCAUGGCACUGGCACUGGGACAUCGCAGUGGCCCUGGACACCCCAGCACAGGCACAGGUUUCUUACUUGGAAGCCAUCACGGGGGCUGGUUUGGUCUUGGCAGGAAUGGGGGGAGCAGGAGCCAUCCUCUUGGUGAGUGGGAGCUUGGUGGGCUCCAUCCUCGCCAGUGCUGGGAGCUCUGGGGAGAGGAGGCAGGAGCAGGGCUGGGGCCGGGGCCGGCGCUCACGGGAGUGGGGCAGGAAGCGCUUCCUGCCCGUGACGUGCCCUGGCCCAGGCACAUCCCUGCCCUUCCCUCUGCUCCAGCCCAGGACUCACCCGGGGGACUCCUGUCCUCACCCUCCUCGUUCUUCUCUCUGGUUGCAGCUGCUGGGGGGCAAAGGGGCUCGUCAGGUUGGGGAGGGAGCCUUGUUCCAGCCUCCCCCAGCCCCACACCAGCCCCGCUGUGGUCGGCGCUUCCUCUGUGUGAGGCGGAGCAGCAGGCAGAGCUGCUGUGAGCUCUGCGGCACGGGCAGGGUGUCAUCCUGCCACCGGGGGUGUCACCCUGCCACCAUCCCUGGCUCAGCAGCAUCCCUGAACUGCUGAACCCUGGGGUCACAGCAGGACAAGCCCACUGGCGUGUGGGACACAGGACAUCAGGCCAUGGGCAAGUGCCCAUGGACCACCCUGUUGUCAGGGCAGGCCCCCCUGUCACCACGGUUGGCCAUGCUGUCCCUGGGGAGGGCCACGUUGACCCCAUGGUGGGCCAGCAGCCCUGCUGCUGCCUGGUCCCUGCUGCUGCCACCAGCACAGCCCUUGUCACAGAGGCCUCGCAGACACCAGAAAUGGUGCUGGUAUUACCCACCCAAAGGUGCAGCUGAAGCACCGAGGGCUGCGGGGAUGAGAACACCCCAGUCCAAGGCCCCAGUGCUCCUCGGCUCGGGUGGCACAGGGUGACGGUGCCCAGAAGUGCCCAGCAUCCUGCCCUCCCUUGCCGGCAGCUCCCCCGGGCCCAGGGCACGGCCCAGCCCUGGAGCACGGUCACACAAGGGCGCUCACCUGGGGGUGAUGCCGUGUGCUGUACCCUCCUGCCUGCCGCUGCGGGGCUGCCCCGGGGCUGAGCGGUGCCGUGCCGUGCCAGGCUGUGCCGUGCCAGGCUGCCCCGGCCCCACACCGUGCACGUGAUGCCGGAGGAAAUCGGCUCCACGCUGGGAAGGAAGUUGAAGCAGAGCGCACCUCAGUGCUGGUCCACGCCGCACCCCUGUGCCCCACGGGGGGCUCCUGCUCCCCGAACCCACCCUGUGCCCUUCCUGGGCUGGAUGGGCACCAGGGCCAGGCUCACGGGACUCCCUGUGCUGGGAUGGCAGCACUGGUUUUGGCUGGGCGAGAGGCUUUGGGUGAGGGUGGGACCGGAGGGCGCUGGGAGCACGGGCAGGAAGCGCUGGCACAGCAGAGCCCCCCAAAGCCCUGUGUCCUCAGCCACCUCCAGCCUGGAGCUGCCACCCACCUUCUCUGGCCCCGGGCAGGGCUGGGCCACCCGUGCCACCGUGGGGUCUUGCUGCUGGCAUUGGGGUUCCUUCCCUGAGUGACAGAGCCGUGGCUGCGGGGGAGCCGGGGCCAGCGCAGGGCCGGAGGCACCGGGCCAGGAGCUCACACUCAGCCGGGCUCACAGCAGUUCUGUCAGCCUGGCUGGAGGGGAAGUGAAACCCAAACCUCAGAGGGGCCGAAACCCACAGACUGUGAGUGCAGGGGUGGUGUGGCCACGCUGCAGCUGUGCCCCCACAGGGAGGAAGGGUCAGUGUGACACCAGGGAUCCUGGAUGCUCCUGGCCACUGCCCGGGCCAGGACACAGCGUGGGUGUUGCUUUAGGCUGGGAAUCAGCUGUGGGGCAGAGAAGGAUGGCAGAACACAAAUUCCAUUGCACUCCCCAGGUGUGCCCACUCAGGCCAAGGAGCUGGGAACUCUGGGCACCCCUUUCCUCAGGCUGGCUCAAGGCUGAGUGUGAAGGGAAGCACCAGCCAUUACCCCAGCCCUGUCCCAAGAGCUCUUGGCCAACACCAUUACCCACAGCAGCCAGGAAAGCUGAGCUCCUGCAGAGGCUGCACAGGCAGCAGCGCCCAGCAGCCUCCCUGGGGAUGGCAGUGAGGGAGAAGCAGCUGCUGCUGGGCACCAGCCAGGGCAGCACACGGGGCUGAAGCUGCCCAGCACCAGGACCAGCCCCUGUGAGCUCCUGGAGGAGCUCGGGUGUGGGAAGGAUGGAGCUGCUCCUGUGCUGGGUGACACAAUCCCUGCUGGCAGCAGGCAGGGCCUGUGGCUGUGUCACCACUGUCCCCAGGCAGUUACUGCCAAAACAGGGGCUGAAUGAUCUAUUAGUGCAUAAAACCCAACAGGGAGUUGUUCCCCUGUUGCUGCUUUCAGGCUCCCACCCAAACUCAGGACACAAACCAAGCAGAGUUACACCUACGACUUAUUUUAUUGUAUUUUAUUUGCAUAAACAAACUUCGGGGCUUUGCUAAACAGGAACUGUUCAAGUCAAAACAAACCAAACUCUAGCUGGUGUGUGGGGAACAGCACAGCAAUCCUGGGGAGAGGGACAGGGGGAGCACGGGCACGGCUGUGCCUCCCCGCCCAGGCUCACGACCUGGCCGGGAACCCUCCACAAACUGCUCCAGAAUAUCUUUAGAGAUAAAAAGAAAUGCAUCCUAAGGGCCAUCCUCAACCAGCUCAGGAGGAAUCUGCCUUUUGGUUUUAUAAAAAGAUUAAUAAAAAAUAUUGAAAAAUUCUCAUCUCCAUUUAUAUUUUUCCCCAAGAAGAAUUCGGAAGUUCCUUAGAAAAUUGUGUCACCUUGGAAAGGGCACUCAGGUCACAACCAGCUGCAGGGAGGAAACACAAAUGCUACAAGCAGUUUGGGGUCCAGCACACACCAGGCCUAAUAGUGAACACAAACAGUGGCCAGAAGUAGGGUGUAAUUUUUUUUCCUCUUUUAAACCAUGCUAAUUUUGUUAACUUCCAACAUAAAAGGAAAACAAUAAUUUUUAAAAGGCCCUAAACUCAACUGUUACAUUAAAAAAAGUUUAAAAAAAAAAAAGUCAUAGCAGUUUGGUCCCAACAAAUGAACAUUUAGAUGUUUA